UAUUAAAAAAUAAGACAAAAAAAAGAUGAAUAAUAUAAAAAAUUACGUAUAAAAACAUCGCAAAGCCGCACGCAAUGCACAGCAGCAACGCUUCUGUACCAACUUUACAUUUCUUUUCUUUUUUUCUUCAGACAAAGACUGCCUUAAUCCUAAAGUAACUUGUCUCUCUGUAAGGCAAAAAAAGAGACACUCAGUUUUCAACAAUAAAGACAGUGAAAGAGAAGAGGAGAUGGAAAGAAAGGCUUUAGUUUUAUGCAGUGUUGUGGCCUUUUUGGGGGUAUUAUCAGCCGCUACUGGUUUUGCUGCUGAAGCUACCAGGAUUAAGGUUUCAGAAGUUAAGUUUGUCUCCACUACACAAUGUUCUUAUCCCCGGAGUCCUGCACUUGGUCUUGGAUUAACUGCAGUAGCAGCACUUCUGAUAGCUCAAAUAAUUAUUAAUUUUGCAACUGGGUGUAUCUGCUGUAAAAGAACCCAUCACACUUGGAACUCUAACUGGACAAAAGCUUUUGUCUUCUAUGUUGUUUCUUGGUUCACAUUUAUUAUAUCUUUCCUUCUCUUGCUAACUGGUUCUGCACUAAAUGAUCAACAUGGUGAAGAGAGUGUGUACUUUGGCAACUACUACUGCUAUGUUGUUAAACCUGGAGUCUUUGCUGGGGGAGCUGUCUUAGCCUUUGCAAGUGUCGUUCUUGGAAUCCUCUAUUAUCUUACCUUAAACUUGGCAAAGAACACAACUCGUCCUUGGGGCGAUGCACCUCUUCCUAAUCAAGGUGGCAUAGCCAUGGGACAACCUCAGUUCCCACCCCAGUUCUCUCAAGAUCCUGUUUUUGUGCAUGAAGACACUUAUAACAGGCGGCAGUUCCCGUGAUCAGAAAAUUUCCCUUCCAAACAUUUCACUGAUUUUCUACAGGUGUAGUGGGCAUUUUGGCUCUUGUUAGUCUUGAAAUCAGUUUCGUUGUUGCAUUAUUGUGGGAACCCACCUCUUCGAAAUGCCGUAAGAAGGUAUGGAUAUGGAUCCAGUAUCCAGCUUUAUUACAUUGUGAAAGGAUUUUUUUCUUUUUUUGGGAGGGGGUGUUCUGGGUGGUUAAGAGGCCUUUGUACAUUGUAUAUCAGACUUUGUUUUGACCGCGUGCAUUGCUUGUAAGCAAUUUUCAUUGAAGAUUCCCCAAUAUAAAGUCGUUUAGUUAAUUAGGUAUAAACUUGAGAAGAAACAGCCCAAGCUUUUCGUGAAAAUUUUUUGUUACAUUGGCUAUUGAACUCGAGAUCUGCCACCAAGGGAGGAAUAAAACAAUUAUCAGAACUUCUGGGUCAUAUCCGCUUAAUGAAUAGCAUUGCCAAAUUAUCUGUCAUACACUUGUUACUGAUAGACACAAAAGGCACAUUGUGAGAAACCUAAUCCCACAUGGUUGAAGUAUGUAGCAAUACAACUAGUAAAGGCAUCUCGAAAACAAUGGUAACUAAAAGGAAAAGAACGAGGUAAAUAAAAAAUUCCAACUG